CUUCAUCACAGCCAUGUCCGCCGCCAAGGAAGCCGACGGUCUGCCGCUGCUGCAGUUCCGCUCGGCCAAGGUCAUCCAUGUGCCCCAAGGCACGUUCUGGACGUCCGUGUUUGCGUUGGUGGGGACGAUGUUGGGUGCGGGGACGCUGUCCCUUCCGAGCACGAUGACCCAGGCCAACGUCGUGCCGGACGUGCUUCUCUUUGUGUUCAUGGCCACGUUCAACUUCGUCGCGUUGAACGCAUGUGCGUCUGUUGCCGAGUACACUGGGAAGGGAUCGUUCGAGUCGAUGGGCGCGGCUUUGUUCGGGCCGUGGCGGCAGUGGUUCGUGCGCGUGCUGACGUUGGUGCUUCUCUUCGGCAUCCAAGCCGUCUUCUUCGUGGUGAGUCUGGACAUGCUGCAUCCCCUCGUCGCAUCGUACGUGAGUCGUCUCGCUCUCGGCGCGGUGCUCACCGCCGGCACCAUCCCGCUCUGCCUUCUCGAGACCGUCUACGCCUUGCGCUACACGAACGCCAUCAUCAUCGCGAGCAUGCUCUACAUCUUUGCGGUCGUCGGCGUCCGCGCGGCCAUGGUCGGUUCCUGGCCUGACCAUGUCACGGACGUCACGACCACCUCCGCCAAGGGUCUCAUGUAUGCAUUGCCCAUCCAAGCGCUGAGCUUUGGGUGCCAGAUCAACUCGGUGCGCAUCUACAGCGAACUCAAAGACAAGACCCAGAUGACCACCGUGAAUGCUUCGAGUAUGGUGCUCGGGUUCAUCUUGUAUGUGUUGUUCACGUUUGCAGGAUUCAUCUGCUUUCAAGGAUUUCCUCCCGCGGAUAUCUUGACGGGAUUCCCCACUGAUGAUUGGCUCGUCAACUCGAUCCGACUCGUGCUCGGGCCUAGUGUGCUGCUCAAAGUUCCGCUUAUCUUUCAGCCGUAUAUGCAGGCGUUGGAAGGACUGAUGUUUGCGAGUGCGGCUUCGUCGUCUAGUAAUACUAGUAGUACUCCGUUGUCACCAUUCCGCCAGAACCGCCUACGGGUCGUCAUGACGGUCGUGUCGCUCUGCGGGGCAUUUGCGAUGGCCAUUACGUUCAAAGACUUGAGUGUCAUCAUGGGCUUUGUGGGCGGAGUUGGCGACUUGAGCAUCAAUUUCGCCGUGCCAGGGCUGUUUAUGCUGGAGAUGGGGUCUCGAACGCACAACAACGGGACCAAAUGGCUCGGGAUUGCGCUGUUUACGUCGGGCGUGGGGAUGGCCAUCUUGAGCUUGGUUGGGCUCUUGGCCUAAUAAGAUUUGGCCAGAACACUACAGAACGGCCUAUUGAAAGUAUUCAAGGAGCAUUUUGUGCUUUUUAGUGACAUUUCAUUGUGGUUUCUCGUUGGAAUUUAAAUCGAUUUGAUUGGCUACUUCAGAUACGCUCAAAAUUAUGAACCAAUCAAAACCUUCUCAUUGAAAUUCAACAGCCAAUCAAAUCGAUUGUGGAUCGGUUGCACCCCCUCCCCAAAUUUGUAUAUCAAAUCGACAAUAGU